GGAGGAGAGAGGGGGACUGGAGAGGGUUGCAUUGUAUGAAGAUCCGAUGAAAGACAGCAGGCUAUCGCAAUAAGAGGGCAAGAGAGAGAGGGGUGGGGGCAGAAUGACGCUGAUUCGGGGCUAUUGAUCUCUCCCUCCCCUCUAUAUGGGGUCAGUAGUUUGAUCGGAGCGCGCGCAGGAACACCGAAGAGACACACGCGCUUUUACCAUGUAACAUGAAGCGGUGCGUGUAGACAGAUCCAACCGGACACUCAUCACCAAUCCAAUCCCGUCCGUCCAACCUGAUGACAGGAAAUAAUAAGAUUAUCAAGCAGGACAGGAGAGCGACGCGUUAUAUCUUUGGAGAAAAGUAACUGGUGUGGAUUUGACAGAUGACGGUGCGCUCGAGAUCCACAGAUCUGACCAUGAAGCCGUCCAGAAUCUCCGUGAUGAUGAUGUUCAUCUUCGCAUCUGUUCAUAUCUCGUGCCCAUCGCAGUUUCCCAGUCCGCUCAUGAUAAAAGAGUGGGUAGAUCAGCUGCAGCAAGAGCUGGUUUCAUUAGCAGACACAGCCAGUGCUGGAGAUAAUCUGAGACAGAUCUUUAUGGAUAAUCAGAAGUCUUUCACUGUGCGAUCAAAUAACGCUGUUCAGCUUGUGGAAACAGCAGCACGGAAUAUAGAAAACUUUCUGAAAAAGCGAGCCACAGCUCUAGAGACUUUGGCAACCGCAGCAGAGAAUUUCCAAAUGGAGCAUCAAUGGAAAGAUGAAUUUGCAGAGGAUGAUAUAGUUUACUUUAAUGCCAAGGAUAAUCUUGAAACCAAUGACACAGAAGGACGGAAAAACCGGAUCAGACCUGAAUUUAAAGAAGAUCCGUCAUUCAAAAACCGCCUCACCUCCUACAACCAUACGGCUGUGCACAUCCCUACGGACAUCUAUGACGGCUCCACCAUUGUGCUGAAUGAGCUGAACUGGACAGAGGCGUUGGAGGAUGUCUUUAAGAAGAAUCGAGAAGAAGAUCCAACGCUACUCUGGCAAGUGUUUGGCAGUGCUACUGGAUUAGCCCGCUUUUACCCUGCUUCCCCUUGGAUGGAUGCCAGGAAAACACCCAGCAAAAUCGACCUGUAUGAUGUGCGCCGACGACCUUGGUAUGUUCAAGGUGCCGCUUCGCCCAAGGACAUGCUGAUUCUUGUUGAUGCGAGUGGAAGUGUGUCUGGACUGACCCUUAAACUCAUCCGAACCUCUGUCAGUGAAAUGCUGGAAACCCUGUCUGAUGAUGAUUAUGUCAACGUUGUUCAUUUUAACACAAAAGUGAAUAACACAGCAUGUUUCGACCACCUGGUUCAAGCCAAUGUUCGCAAUAAGAAGAUCCUAAAGGAUGCAGUGCAGAAUAUUACAGCCAAGGGCAUCACCAACUACACCAAAGGCUUUGAAUUUGCCUUCAAUCAGCUGUCAAAUCCAAACAUUUCCAGAGCAAACUGCAACAAGAUCAUAAUGUUGUUUACUGAUGGAGGAGAGGAGAGAGCGGAGGAGAUCUUCAGCAGACACAACAUUGACAGGAAGGUGCGUGUGUUUACAUUCUCGGUGGGUCAACACAACUAUGACACUGGGCCAAUAAAGUGGAUGGCCUGUCAAAAUAAAGGAUACUUCUACGAAAUCCCUUCCAUUGGAGCCAUCCGCAUAAACACACAGGAAUAUCUAGAUGUUUUGGGCAGGCCGAUGGUCCUUGCAGAUGCCAAACAAGUGCAAUGGACCAAUGUUUACCUGGACGCUCUGGAGCUGGGCCUGGUCAUUACAGGUACACUGCCAGUGUUCAACAAGACCAAAUCCACAGAGGCCAGAUCCCGGAGCCAGAACCAGUUGAUUUUAGGAGUGAUGGGAGUGGAUGUGUCUCUCGAUGAUAUCAAAAGACUGACCCCUCGCUUCACGAUCGGUCCUAAUGGAUACUAUUUCGCAAUUGAUCCCAACGGUUACGUGCUGCUCCAUCCAAACCUGCAGCCAAAGAUACGGACUAUGAUGAUCAACAAUUCAAGCGGUGAGAAAACAAUAGAAACACUUGUCAAAUCUCAAGAUGAGAGAUACAUUGAUCGUGGAAUCAGGAAGUACACAUGGGCACCAGUUAAUGGGACAGACUACAGCCUGGCCUUGGUCUUGCCUGAAUACAGUCUGCAUUACAUCGAAGCAAACCUGGGGGACACUAUAAAACAAGUCAUGUCACAAUGGGGAAACAAGGUUUUUGAAACCAUACAACAGGAGAAAUUUGAGGAGUUUGGAUACACCUUUAUUGCUCCUAGGGAAUACUGCAAAGACCUCAAAGUAUCAUCUAACAAUACUCAAUUCCUGAUGGACUUCAAUGAAUAUAUUAACAAGCAAACGCCAAAUGAUCCUACGUGUAAUUACACUCUUGUAAACCGAAUGCUGCUGGACGCCGGGCUCACAGCAAAGCUCAUCAAAGUCUGGAAGGAGCAGAGUGUAGAUGGAGUUUUGGCCCGCUUUGUGGCUACAGAUGGAGGCAUCACACGUGUGUAUCCGAAAAGUGCUGGUGAGGAAUGGGGUGAAAACUCCGAAACGUACGACUCGAGUUUCUACAAAAGGAGUCUGGACAAUGACAUCUACAUCUUCACUGCCCCAUACGUCAACAAGAGCAGAGAGUCUGGUUAUGAGUCUGGUAUCCUUGUCAGUAAAGCAGUGGAUUUGGAUAUUGAUGGAGCAAAAUUAAAACCAGCGGUGGUGGGAGUGAAACUGAACGUGUCAGCCUGGAUGAACAGCUUCAUCAAUGCCACCACCAAGAAAAACUGUAAGGAUGAGAUCUGCGGGUGCCUGAGGAAUGAUAAGCAAGUGGACUGUGUGAUUCUGGAUGAUGGAGGCUUUCUGCUCAUGUCCAAUCAGGAGGAAUACAUUCAGCAGAUUGGUCAGUUCUUUGGUGAAGUGGAUCCUGUUUUGAUGAUCACUCUGGUCAACACAUCGCUCUACUCCUUCAAUAAAACCUACGACUACCAGUCAGUCUGCGACCCUGAGAGAGAAACAAAAGCUGCCGCUGGACACAGAGCUAUAUAUGUGCCAACGAUAGCAGAUCUGCUUACCGUGGGCUGGUGGGCUUCUACUGCCGUCUGGUCAAUUUUACAGCAGCUUCUCCUCAGUCUAACUCUCCCAAACGUUAUUGGGACAGUGUACUCGGAGGAUGACCUCUCGGAUGCGUUCUCCAAAGAGAGCUGUAUCACCGAACAGACUCAGUAUUUCUUUGAGAAUGAGAACAAAUCUUUCUCUGGAGCUAUGGACUGUGGAAACUGCUCCAGAAUGUACCGGGCGGAGAAGCUCCCCAACACAAAUUUGGUGUUUUUGAUCUCCGAUGCAAAGAUUUCCUGUAUGUCCUGUGAUACCAAACCACUCAAACAAGCUGAGCAGCCUUCAAAUGGUCCUGACCCAUGUGUUCUGGCCCAAAAGCCUCGAUACAGGAAAGGACCAGACGUCUGCUUUGACAACAAUGCGGAUGAGGAUGCCAGUGAUUGUGGUGGUGGCAGUAGUUUGAGUCCGUCUCUUUGGCCGAUGUUGGCUCUUCAGCUCCUUCUACUCUGGCUGCUUACAGGAACCAGAACCUAUUUUUCCUGACCAGAGUGAAUCCAGCGUCUACUGACUGAACUGCUUAUUAUACAGACCACAACAUAACCACACGUCCACUAUACCGUCUCAUCCACUCACUGCCAAAAAUAACUGCCUGAAUAAGCAACACGGUCAGACACGAAAGCUCAUGUAUUCAACACACAAACCACAUUAUGAAACGAACAUGGUUGAUGCAAAAUGUUUAGUGCCACAUACAGGCUAAUAUGAUGUGUCAACAGUGUGGUGGUGGGAGACGCCUCGCAGCACCGGCCUGGAUCUCAACGAAGCAGGGUUUAUCCAUUACAGGAGUGACUGUUCAUCUCUGGAGCUCGUCAUGAAUUCUGCUGAAGUGAGCUUUGCACCAGUAGUAGGUCAGUGAGGUCACACCAAGCCCUUCUGGGCCCACCGAGGGCUGUUUUUCUAGUUUUAUGUUCACUGUUUUCUGCAGUCUGUGUGUUGUGCAGUAGGGGGAAUCUCAUGAAGGAAUUUGCAGGUCAUAUUUUCUCCCACAAAAGUCUGAGUGAAAUCAUCAUUUAAUCUGGCAAUGAAUCCAUGCUAGUUAAUCCACUGAAAACAAAUGCUUGCUUUAGUAAUCUUCAAGUAAAGCAUGGAUAUUUGCUUCUC